AUGAAGAUCGAGAAAGAAAUAACUCACCCAAUCCACCCAUGCCACAAGCUGACACUCAACUACACCGAGGCCCCCUUCAACUGCGAUGGCUGCCAAGAAGCUGGCAUUGGCUACAACUACAAGUGCCACCAAUGUGGCUUCCACAUGCACAAGGUCUGCGCCGUUGGCGCCCCAACCAUCACCCAUCCCUUCUAUAAAAAAUGUGAAUUUAAGCUACACCAUCACCCCCCAGGCCAUGCCAAGCGCGUAUGCGAUGCUUGUAGGACUCACAUCCAUGGCUUUGUGUACCAUUGCAAUGCCUGUGACUUCGAUCUUCAUCCUUGUUGCGCUAGCCUCCCGCAAGUCCUUGACGAUGGGCAGCGCCAUCUCUACCUUUGUCACAAGCUCUCGAGCUCGUGUCAUGGCUGCGGCGGGAAGGGGCUCGGCUGGUCUUAUAGGUCGAAGUGUCGGACUUAUAAUCUUCAUUUGUCGUGUGUGAAGGAGAUGUUGGUGGAGAGUUGGCAAGCCAUGUAUUUCAAUGUGGAUAAGAAUAAGGUUAGGGAAAUGGUUACUACGAUUCCUCGGCUUAAGGGUUCGAUGCAAGACCGUCGUGGAGCAAGAGGAACGGUCGAGAAGUGUGGUCGGGUAGCUGGUGCUGCUGCUCGUGUUAUCAUCUCUGCCAUUCUUGGUGACCCUACUGCUAUCGUAGCGGCUGUGGUUGGUGGCAUCAUAUCGAAGUAA